GGCCUCCAUGCUGUGUACUGGUAGUCCUCUUGACAGUCUUUGCUAACCCCAAUGCCUCCGCACAGCAUGCAUAUACUGCAGACGUUCGCAUAUGACUUGCGACCUAGAACGACCAUGUACGAGAUGUGUCAAGAGGAAUAUUGGGCAUCUUUGCCACGAUGAGCCUCGUGAGGGCGUUAAGAAAGCCAAAUCAGAGCCUGACAACGGCAAUGCUCAGAGCGAGGGUCCCAAAAGCGGAGCACCUGCCUCUGACACCGCCGCCGUGCAUACCAUGCCCCAGCAAAUCAGCGCUCCGGAUGCAGGGCUUAACCUGAGGCCACCUCGCCUGCCCCCUAACAGGACUGACAGUACCUCUUCGAUCACGCAGGCUGACCCCAUAGCCGCGCCACAAUUGCCUGGAAUGGCGUCUGGGAAUCAGUCUUUCAUGAAUUACGAUGCUCUUCUCUCUACAUCCGAAAACAACUUCCAGGACAUGCACCAUUUUCAUCCAUCGUAUAUGUUUAACACGACAGAAGUCAGCAAUGAGUACAACCUGUUCAACGACUUCCUGAACAACAACUUAAUGGACGACGGGUCUUUCUACGGGGGUAGUGAACUGCAUUCGCUCUUCUCUGAUGCAUCUUUGAUGAACCCCAUGGGUACCAUGACCAACAACACAGCCUUCGAUCCAAACGCGUCGAGGAAUUCCCAACUUUUGCCACCGCCUGCUCAGACUGCCGUUAAAAAGACUCAUCAACGCCCAUUGAACAACGCAAACGCUGACAACAAGGCGCGAGAGAGGUACCUAAUGACCGCCGCCGAUCCAGCUGGUAACGACAGCCCCGAGGAGCGCAUGCACAAGCUACUCAAGGCCAAGAUGGAUGCCGGCCUGCUGAAGCCCUUCAACUACGUAAAAGGCUAUGCAAGGUUGAACCAAUACAUGGAGCAGAACCUACAACAAAUCUCGCGCGUGCGGAUAUUGCGACAGCUUGACAGAUUCAGGCCAAAGUUCAGAGAACGAGUGUCGAAGCUGACCGACAUGGAACUGGUGCGAGUGGAAAUGUGGUUCGACAAGAGUCUGAUGGAGUACGACCGUGUAUUUGCUAGUAUGGCGAUACCUGCGUGUUGCUGGCGAAGGACGGGCGAGAUCUAUAGAGGUAACAAAGAGAUGGCACGCCUUAUCCACGCGCCGAUGUCGAAGCUGCGAGAUGGCAACAUAGCGCUGCAUGAGAUCAUCGCCGAGCCCUCGCUUGUCUCUUACUGGGAGAAGUUCGGCGCAAUCGCCUUCGACCACACCCAAAAGGCCAUUCUAACGAGCUGCUCUCUCAAAAAUCCGGAUCCGAAUUCGAAAGACCCUGAGAUUCGAUGUUGCUUCUCGUUUACCGUCAAGCGAGACAUGUGGAAUAUACCUGCGUUGAUUGUGGGCAACUUUCUGCCGAUUACAGAGUCCAUCUCCGGACCUCUUCCAACUUCUUAAUAUUGCGUAAUGUGCAUAGAUUAUAGAGAAAUCAGGUCUUCUUUCUGGAUACAUGAUGGAUGGCGUGCGCGCGAUGCGCAGGCGUUCAUCAGGGAAAGGUGUCACAUUACAGCAACCUUAUCAUUCCAUUGCAUGGUCUCUUUCACGUAUACCAAUUGUACAUUGUGCGCAACUCAGAUGCAUUGUUGCUUUCUAUUCACUCCUCUUAGCUCGAAGUUCCUCUUGUUCAUACUGUUGUUAGUGAGCUUGCUCGCAGAAGGCAGGCACGACU